UUUAUGUCAUUUGUGAUUUAAGUUUAACGCAACAACCUUCUUCUUUAGGGUGUGUUUGUGAGUUGUGACCUUUCUUCGUUCAUUUAUUUUCUAUUUCUAAUUCUAUCUCUUCCUUCUUCUCUUUUAUAUAUAUAUUUUUUUACUUUCUCUCUCGCUCUAGGGCUUGAAAGUCUUGAUAACUUAAACUCUUAAAUCCAAGUAAGUAACGUUUAAUUAUUUUCCAAAAAAAAGGAAAUUGUUUGAGUUGUGUUUUCAGUUUUCACAAAAUUGGGGCUGCACUUGUGUACUAACCCAGAAAAGCAGAAUCGGAAGGUAUAUAUAAAAUAAAAUUGAAUAUAAAUAAUAAAUAAGAAAUAAAAAUAAGUAUAUUAAAUUAAAUUAGGAAGUUUUAGUUAGUUGGGGAAUGGGAAGGGGAAGAGUGGAACUGAAAAGAAUAGAGAACAAGAUAAACAGGCAGGUGACGUUUGCAAAGAGGAGGAAUGGACUUCUCAAGAAAGCUUAUGAGCUUUCUGUUCUGUGUGAUGCUGAAGUUGCUCUUAUCAUCUUCUCUAACCGCGGAAAGCUUUAUGAGUUUUGUAGCAGCAAUAGCAUGCUCAAAACACUUGAAAGGUACCAAAAAUGUAGCUAUGGUGCGGUGGAAGUCAACAAACCUGCCAAAGAGCUUGAGCAGAACAGUUACCGUGAGUAUCUAAAACUGAAAGCAAGAUUUGAAUCUCUUCAAAGGACUCAGAGGAACCUUCUUGGUGAAGACUUAGGUCCAUUAGGCACCAAAGAGCUUGAGCAGCUUGAGCGUCAACUUGAUACAUCUCUCAGGCAAGUCAGGUCUACUAAGACUCAAUUCAUGCUGGAUCAGUUAGCUGAUCUGCAAAACAAGGAACAGAUUCUGGUGGAAGCAAACAGAUCUUUAACCAUGAAGCUGGAGGAAAUCAAUUCAAGAAACCAGUAUCGGCAACCGUGGGAGGCCGGCGAACAAAGCAUGCAAUAUGGUACACAGAAUGCUCACUCUCAAGGCUUUUUCCAGCCUCUGGAAUGCAAUCCCACAUUGCAGAUAGGUCCUGAUUACAGGUACAACCCUGUAGCUUCAGAUCAGAUAACAGCUACAACUCAGGCUCAACAAGUGAAUGGAUUUGUUCCUGGAUGGAUGCUUUGAGCUAAGGCUCAUAUCAAAUCAAAAUAUAUUUAGGUGCCUACAUAAAAACAAACACCUUAGGUGUAAAAGACAAAAAUGCCUCUUGCUGUUUCACAAUCAAUGUGUAAAUGCUGGAAUUUGCUUUUGUUUUAUUUUGUUUUGGUAUAAAAAACAGAUGUGGCUGGCUUAAAACUCUGACCAUAGACAUAUGGCAAUGUAAGAAGUCAUAGACUCUUUGAAUGAGAACAUUAUCUGAAUGACCAAGUUGAUUUUCCUUGUUUCUUGCUA